AUGAAUUUGUUGGAAUCCGGAGCCAAAGCGAAAGAACUCAAGAGAGAAAGAGAGGAAUCAGAUUUAGAUCGAGUCAAUCAAAAUGGAAUUCAAGUGGAUGGAAAUUCGAAUGAAGAGAUCAAAAUACCAGAAGCAAUCUUUAAAUCGUAUUGUCCAUGUUUGAAAUAUAAUGAUCAUGAUCAUUCAUUUCCAAUGAAUCAACCCAGUCCUGAAUCUGUACCUCAAUCGAUCCUUUUAAGAUGUCAAAAGAAGGGACCAAGAGAUCAUUUGAACUUCUUAAUUCCAAAUAUUCAACUUUCAUCAUCAAUCAAUCAUCAUCAUCAUCAUCAUUGA